CGGUGCACCGGAGAUCGUCACGCGACGACUUUUCAGCACAUUCAAGGAACCUUUUCCACGUGCCGAGUCGGAUUUCCACCAUGUACUUCGUCACUUAGACCCACCAUGAACAAGAUCCUCGUCAUCACGGACCUGGUGACCCAGUCGUCCCCGAAGAACUCCAGCGACGGCCCGAACGAAACGUCGAUCCACAUCUCCAACAACUACGUCUACGGAUUCGGCCAGACAUGGCCCGCCAACUCUUGGCUCCUCUGCUUCCUCUUGACGUUAAAGACCACGGUGAUGGUCCUCAUAAUAAUCGCCGCCCUCUUCGGCAACUUGCUAGUGAUAGUUUCAGUGAUGCGACACCGCAAGCUGAGGGUCAUCACCAACUAUUUCGUCGUGAGCUUAGCUCUGGCCGACAUGCUGGUCGCUAUAUGGGCCAUGUGUUUUAAUUUCAGUGUCGAGAUUACCGGCGGUCGAUGGAUAUUCGGCUAUUUCAUGUGUGACGUGUGGAAUUCGCUGGACGUUUAUUUUUCGACCGCGUCGAUCCUGCACCUGUGCUGUAUCAGUGUGGACAGGUACUACGCGAUCGUGCAGCCCUUGGACUAUCCCUUGAUCAUGACCAACGCGAGACUCGCGGUCAUGCUAGCGGUCGUAUGGUGCAGUCCGGCGCUCGUGUCCUUUUUGCCCAUCUUCAUGGAGUGGUACACCACCGAGGAACAUCUACAGUUCAGGAGAAGGCACCCUUACGUGUGCACUUUUACGGUCAACAGGGCCUAUUCGGUAAUUUCGUCGAGCGUCAGCUUCUGGGUGCCCGGAAUGGUCAUGAUAUUCAUGUACUACAGAAUUUAUGUGGAGGCAGAUAGGCAGGAGAGGAUGCUCUACCGGAGCAAGGUGGCGGCAGCGCUGCUCAACAAACACCUGCAAAUCAACGGUAUUUCGGCAGGACUCACGUCGCUCCGGCAAUCUGUAGACGGUGGACUCGCUACGGAAAAAACGCCCGAUCCGGGAACAAGUAGUAAGAUGAAACGCGAAAGGAAAGCCGCCAGGACGCUGGGCAUCAUCGUGUCGGCCUUCCUGGCAUGCUGGCUUCCGUUUUUUCUGUGGUACGUGAUAACGUCUCUGUGCGGUUCCAAGCGCUGCUACAGUCCCCCGUCGGUAAUCACCCUAGUUUUCUGGAUCGGCUACUUCAACUCGGCAUUGAAUCCGCUAAUCUACGCCUACUUCAAUCGGGAAUUCCGGGUGGCUUUCAAGAAAACCUUGCAGAGCUGCUGUCAAGUCGGCUCGAAGCUGGUGUGUUGGAAGUGGAGGUCAAGGGGCGAUCAUCAGGUGAACUACAGCAACGCGUCGAGCGAGAUGCACGUUAACAACCACCUAAGGGCCGAUCUGAGGGCGGAAGGGAUGGCGCAGAGAUUCAGCUACAACAUUUCCGAGGGCGAAAUUAUUAAUUUACAGAGUGAGGAAGCGAUCUAAAGUUUUCUUCUUCGUUGUUGUUUCUUUGACAUAUCAAAGGAGUAUCAGGUGCACGGACGGUUGAGGGUCAAGUUUUUUUUCGUUCGUUCGAACGGUGUGGUUGUGGCAGACGUGCUCUCAUUCAAUUUUCAAUCAUUCGAGCUCAGCCCGUCGGUGCACUUCUUCCAGGGAACCAGUCAAUAAAUCGAUAACACGAGACUAUCAUCUUCAGUAUACGAUCAUUCAUACUUGAUGCUAAUAGAAUCUGGGUUAUUCAUUAGUUUCAACUAGCGAACGUGAUGAGCGCGAUUCGUUGUCGUCUCGGACAAGAAGAUGACAUUAUAGUUAAUAAAAACAACCCUUGCGUUCUUAUUAACAACUCGAAUUGUUUUGAAAUCCAAUCUCCGAUUUGAGCCGGCUUUCUGUUAAAGCGAAACAAAGCAGCCAAGAAGCCCGUAAUACGAUAUUAAGUACUUCGACAUAACACAAUUAAGACUCUCUUACAGUUGUUUACGAUUCGCGAGUUCCC